AUGGCGGCAGUCAUCAUUUCCCUCAACGGUCUUGUGAUUUUCAUCUUAGCCCGACAGAAAGACAGCAACAGGCUUCAUUUCUUCAUAUUCCAUCUUGCCAUUGCUGAAUCAACUUCAGCAUCGUGUCACACAGCCAGUAACGAGGGUUUACUUCCAAAAGCCAGAAAAAAAACAAUAAAGAUGACCUUGAUAAUAUGCUUUUCGUUCUUCAUUUGCUGGCUUCCGGCAACAGUGUUCCACAUUCUGGACGUAUUCAACAUAAGUGUGCUUGACUCUCGCUUCUACCUGAUCCUGCAGCGGUUAUAUCCACUCAACAGCGCGUUUAAUCCAAUUAUAUUCUUGUUGUUCAACAAGCACCUGUUGCCCUGCUGGUCGCCAAAGUCUGCGGAUAAGACUUAUGAAAGUGUCAGAACAACUAAAACAACAUUAUGACUAGUGACUUUGUUGUAAAAC